CCAACCUUCACAUUCACAUUCGCACAAGCCUGAAAGAACAAGUUAGGGACUAAAAAAAAAAACCAACACAUCAGCAUCGUCUUUGAACAAAUACCGUCAACUUUACUCAAAACAGGCAGUUCAUUACAGCCAUGCUUAGGACGUUCACUAGUCGCGUGUCCGGCUUUGCCUCACAUACUAAUCUAGCCAUUACUGCCUCAACCUCUCGUUUCUUUUCGGUUCUUACUCCUACUCCACAAGCCGCGUCCACCACAGUAGCAUCACCUUCAUCAUCAACAACACCAGUAACAGGAGUAGCAUCAUCGGGACCAGGAGCAGGGGCAGGACCAGGACCAGAACCUUCUAUCAACUUGCUCCGCAACCAACUCCGUUACUACGCUGUGGCAGAAAUUAAGAACCGUCCUUACUUGAUCACCAAGAACGAUAUCAUUGUUCUGGACCGUCUCAAGGACGUUUCUUUAGGCGAUGUCAUUGAAUUGAACCAGAUCAAGGAGCUUGGCUCUAAGGACUAUGCUAUCAAGGGUCAACCUUAUGUCUCUCCUGAAUACUACUCCAUCAAGGCCACUGUCAUUGAGCAGCCCAAGGGCAAAAUGGUUGAAACUUUCAAGAAAAAGAGGAGAAAGCACUUCCAGAGACGUUAUCAUAUUAAACCAUUACACACUCUCUUGCGUGUUAGUGAGCUGGAGGUCAAGGCUCAGUAAAAAAAGAAAAAAAAAAUUGCAAAAAAUAAAAUAAAAGCAUGGCGGUAUUACAAAAGCAGCUUCUUUUUUGCUCGUUCAGAGAUCAGACAAAGAAC